AGGCGCAUGCGCGGGGCCUGCGCGAGGGGCUGCGCCGUGUCUUCGAGCACCACCGCCGGCUCUUCUGGCAUGAAGCGGGCGGCGCGCGCCUGCGGGAUGUGGAGCUGAUGGACAACACCCAGUGGCUGGGCCACAAGCCCCUGGUGGUUUUCCUGGCCGGUGUCGGGACGCGCCUGCGCAUGGGCACGCUGCUGAGCCGCCAGGCCUGCCAGGCACGCCUGGAGAGUGACGAGGGCAUGAGCCUGGCCGAGUUCCUCUACCCAGCCCUGCAGGCCUACGACUUCCUGCACCUGUACCAGCACCAUGGCUGCCGGGUCCAGCUGGGCGGCACCGACCAGAUGGGCAACAUCAUGUCGGGCUACGACCUUGUCACCAAGGUGACAGGAGAAGAGGUGUUUGGAAUUACUGUGCCUCUUAUUACUAGUACCACUGGAGAUAAAUUGGGAAAGUCUGCUGGCAAUGCAGUUUGGCUGAACAGAGACAGGACCUCUCCAUUUGAGCUGUAUCAGUUUUUUGUCAGACAGCAAGAUAGGACUGUUGGAAGGUACCUGAAACUCUUCACUUUCCUUCCUCUUGCGGAGAUUGAUCAUACUAUGGAAAUGCAUACUAAGGAACCUGAAAAGUGGGGUCCGCAGAAACGACUUGCUGCAGAAGUAACUAAACUGGUUCAUGGCCAAGAAGGUCUGGAAUCUGCUAAAAGGUGUACUAAAGCACUGUAUCACAACAGUUUGGAGUCUUUGGAGACUAUGUCUGACCAAGAAUUGCAGGAACUAUUCAGAGAGGCUCCGUUUACUGAAUUGCUGCUUGAACCUGGAAUGACUGUGCUUGACUUAUGUCGCAAAGCAAAAGCUAUUCCAGAUGGACCUCGUGGGUACCAGAUGAUUACAAAUGGUGGAGUUUCUAUAAACUAUAUUCGAGAAACUAAUGCUGAAGCUGUUCUAAUUGUUGGACAGCAUAUCCUGAAGAGUGGAAUAUCUCUACUGAAGAUUGGAAAGAAAAACUUCUACAUAAUAAAAUGGCUUCAGUUCUGACCAAAAGAAAUACUUUAUUAAAAUAUAAGAUACACCUUCUUACUAAAUUGCCUGAAGACUGUAUCCCAAGUCAUCGUCUGUAUUAUAUGUAUUGCAUAAUAUACAAGUACAGCCUGAUAGUGUAGCAUAUUAUCUCUCUCACAAUGUGAGAACCUACCUAAUGAUCUCAGAUGAUUCAAAUAAAAAUAUUUUUGAAAAUAGAUGUGCAUGUUUAUUUUAGUUUUGAUGGUGAAUAAAAGCCACACAAGAUGCUUCUAACAAAAUGCUAUUCUAUACCUCUCUUCCCUUCGUAGAUAAAGCUUCAUUCACUUAUUCAGACCUCCAAAGCCACAUGUAUUAUUCUAACAUGCUGUUGAAGUCUCAGGCUAAGCGGAGAUUGCCAAAUGAGGUGGAUCAGCUGUAUCAGGAUGUGUCCUGGU